AUGCUAUAUAGCUACAAACAUAGUUUCUCGGGAUUUUCUGCAAAAAUUAAUUCAUCACAAGCAGCUAACUUAGCCAGCAUGGAACGAGUGAUAUCAGUGUUCAAGAGCCAGAUACUGCUGUUGCACACAACUAGAAGUUGGGAUUUCAUGGGUCUCAACUUAGAACCCAUUGCUGAUCAAGCAACUCCACUGCAACUAACUCAUGGAGAUGGCACAAUUGUUGGCUUAUUUGAUUCCGUUGGAUAUAUUUCAUGUAAAUUAUAUAAUUAUUAUUCUAAUGAAUCAGGCAUCUGGCCAGAAUCUAAGAGUUUCCAUGAAGAGCCUAGAAUGCAUCCAAUUCCAAGAACUUGGAGAGGAGAAUGUGUUCAUGGCGAAAAUUUCAAUCCUAAAAAAGCUUGUAACUUGAAGCUUAUAGGGGCCCGUUAUUACCUCAAGGGAUACGAGCAAGAACAUGGCCCACUGAAUACAAGUGAAACAUUAGAAUACCGGUCACCACGGGAUGCUAAUGGCCAUGGGACCCACACAGCUUCAACAGCAGUGGGGUCUACAGUUAAAAUGGCGAGCUUUUCUGGGUUUGGACAGGGCACUGCUAGAGGAGGAGCACCUAGAGCAAGAUUAGCAGUGUAUAAAGUGUGUUGGGAGGUUGGGAAGUGUAGUGAAGCUGAUAUUUUAGCAGCCUUUGAUGAAGCAAUUCAUGAUGGAGUUAAUGUGAUAUCCGCCUCUUUUGGUUCACCGCUACCACUGCUUCCCCUCUACAAAUGGAGUUCUGAUAUAGGGUCUUUCCAUGCUAUGCAAAAAGGCAUUAGUGUUAUUUUCUCGGCAGGUAACAAUGGACCAGAUCCAUCUUUAGUCAAAAACGUUGCACCUUGGAGUACAUGCGUUGGUGCUUCAUCUAUUGAUCGAAAUUUUCCAACACGGGUAUUAUUGGAUAAUUGUCUCUCUUUCAAGGGAGAAAGCUUUAAUACUAAACAUAUAGAAGCAAAUCUGGUUGGAUCUGACAGUUAUUUCUUUGGAGGGAUAUGCAGAAUGGAUAUGUGGAGAAAUAACAGUGCUGUAGGGACAGUGAUUCUGUGCUUCUCAACCCAAGGACAAGUGCAGAUUGAAGAGGCAGAAUUUGCAGCUUGGAUAGCAAAUGCCACAGGCUUGAUCUUUGUAGACUCACCUACUCGUCAAUAUGUGGAUGUGGAUAUAAUUCCCACCAUUCGUAUGGACAUGAUUCAAGGCACUAAAAUGAACCAUUAUCUAUCUCAAAGCAUGAUGACGCCCCCUAAGGUGCACAUAUUUCCAAGUAAGACAGUUAUCAAAGUAUCACCAGCACCUGUUGUUGCAGAUUUUUCAUCUAGAGGCCCAAGUUCGAUUUCACCUGAUAUUCUCAAGCCAGAUAUAAGUGCUCCAGGAAUCAGCAUAUUAGCAGCAUGGCCUCCCGGAAUAUCUCCUACUUCGACAGAGAAUGAUCAAAGAUCUGUAGAAUGGAAUUUCCAGUCAGGAACAUCAAUGGCAUGCCCUCAUGUAUCUGGCGUGGUUGCUCUCCUCAAAUCAGUACAUCCUAACUGGUCUCCAGCAGCCAUUAGAUCUGCUCUAAUGACAACAGCCUACAACAGGGACACGAAUCAUGACACCAUAUUAGCUGGGGGAUCAAAUGAAGAAUCUAGUCCAUUUGACAUAGGAGCUGGCCACCUUAACCCCAUGAAAGCAAUGGACCCAGGCCUGGUUUACGACAUGAAGGCUGAUGAUUACAUUCUCUUCCUUUGCAACAAUGGAUACACCAAAGAUCAAAUCAAAAGAAUCAUCGGUCUCCCACCUGGAACUCCUGUAAUCUGCCCAAAAGAAUUCAAGACCAACACAAAUCUGAAUUAUCCAUCCAUCACCGUUUCUAGUCUUGAGUCCACUAUCACUAUCAAAAGGACAGUUCGAAACGUGGGUGCCAAGAAAACGACCAUAUACUUUGCCAGAAUUCUUAGUCCUCAUGGAGUAGAGAUUACAGUUUGGCCAAGAAUCUUGUUUUUCUCAUAUUUCACAUGUGAACUCUCGUACUACGUGACUCUGAAACCACAAAAGGUGUCACAAGGGAGAUACGAUUAUGGUGAGAUUGUUUGGUCUGAUGGGUUCUAUACCGUUAGGAGUCCAUUGGUUAUUUUUUAA